AAUACUCCAUACUUAAGCAUACACAAAUACAUAUCGUGAAAGAAGACUAUAAUAUUUUGACGUGCAAAGAAGAAACUGUCAAGGAGAUUUUGUGUUUGAUUAUUAAACAAAUAGUAGAGUACAGUAUAUUAUAUUUAAAUAUUAUAUAUUUAUAUUGACUCUAAAUAAUAUACAUUAAUAUUAAUACAUCAAAAUGACCCUGGGUAAAAGGAAAGCUCCAGAAUACCCUCCCCAAGGAAUCAGAUGCCAAAAAUGUUUAGAAUAUGGCCACUGGUCGUAUGAAUGCAAAGGUAAAAGAAAAUACGUACACAGAUCUUCAAGAACCCAAAUUCUGAAAAAAAGAAUCAAAACAAUGAAUGAUUUAACCACAACGAAUACCAAGAAUGGAAUGAAGAAAACUACAAAAGAUACAAGUAAAAAAGAUGAAAGUAGCAGCAGUGGUUCAGAUGGUAGUAGUUCUGAUUCAGACAGUUGUAGUAGCUCUGAUUCAGAUAGCUCUAGCAGUAGUGAUUCCAGUAAAAGCACUAGCAGUGAUUCUUCUCAUGGCUCCAGUUCAUAAAAUUUCAUUUUAUAUGUUUAUUUUUCAAUACAAAUAUAUUUUUCUUUGGAUUUGUUUAAUAUAAUUAUAAAUAUGUUUGUUGCUGAAAGGUUAUUUUGUUGAUUUAAGUUUCAGUAUAGAUGGCACAUUCAAUUAAACAUCUAUUCUGUUUUUUUUGGGGAUUUUUUCAAGAUUAGAAAAAGAAAACGGUACAAUUCAACAGAUUUAACGUGAUUGGUUAUAAAAUAAUUACUAACUGAUUUACAAUAACUUGUCCAACUGUGCCUUUACUCCUA